AUGCGCACUGCUCUAGCCGCAGGCUUCUCUCCCAACGAACUAGAUCGCCGCCCCCGUGCCGAAGGUCGCGCACUGGACUGGGCAAUCUGCGAUGGUCGUUCUGUCGAUUAUGCUGUGCUCAAGCAAAACCUUCCUGUUGUUGAACUUUUGCUUGAAGCUGGCGCCGACCCAAGGCUUCCUUCAAGGAAUGGCUCCUCACCGAUUGACUCUUUGGAGGCCUGGUUUAGGCAAUACGAGAUCCAUAGGGACACGUGGGCAGAGGAGGAUUUGGAGUUGAAACCAUUUUUUGAGAAGGCAUUGGUGGCCAUGAAAAGAACGAGAGAUGAGCUCGAUGGUGAGUUUUGCACUGACGCCCUGUUGUGGGCUCAUUAUUUGUUCACUAACUCAAGGUGCAACUAG